UGCAGCAUCACUGAGCUGGUGCAGAGCAAAACGCCUGCUCAUCCUCACUGAUGGUGUGCAGAACAAGGGGGACAUAAAAAAAACCUUCUGAAACUAAAAACAUCCAUAUCCUUUUUCUUAAAAAACCAACAACAAAAAAUUCAUCAUGAGCUACGAUACCUUCUUCUCCUACCGCCGCCCUUGGGACAGCUACAAAGGCUCCCAAUACACCACCAAAUCCUCCAUGUCUUCCUCUCUCUACUCCUCUCCUGGAGCUCCUGCGCCUGGGAAGAGGGUCCUGAGGCUGGCCUCCUCUUCCCUGCCAGACGCUUCUGAACGGAUGGACAUGGCUAAGGCUAGCUCCCUCAACUCAGAGCUGCUGGGCCUGCGGUCCCAGGAGAGGGAGCAGCUCGGGGACUUAAAUGACCGCUUUGCCACCUACAUCGACAAGGUGAGGCACCUCGAGCAGCAGAACCGAGCCCUGCUGGCCGAGCUGGAGGCGCUGAGGCGGCAGCAGAAUGACCCGUCCCGUCUGCAGACGCUAUAUGAGGGGCAGGCGCGGAGCUUGAGGGCCACGAUAGACUCGGAGAACGGGGAGAAGAUGCGGAUGGAGGCGGAGAGAGACUACCUGCGUGACGUGCACGAGCAGAUGAAGGAACGAUUUGAAGAGGAGGCGAGGCGGCGCAUGGAUGCUGAGGAGGCCCUGCAGAGGGCCAAGGACGACGCCAGCAGGGCCGUGCUCACCAACUGUGACGCCGAGGCCACUGUGGUCUCCCUGUGUGAUGAGAUAGUGUUCCUGAAGAAAGUGUUUGCAGAGGAGCACGAGGAGCUGCAGGCCCAGCUGCAGAUGGCUAACAUCAGCGUGGAUGUGGAGGUGUCCCGGCCUGACCUCUCCACCGCCCUGCGAGACAUCCGGGGUCAGUACGAGCGGCUGGCCAGCAAGAACAUGCAGGCGGCCGAGGACUGGUACAAGAGCAAGUUCGCCAGCGUGGCGGAACUGGCAAGCAAAAACAACGAGGCCGUGCACGCCAUCCGGGAGGAGACCAUGGAGUACCGGAGGCUGCUGCAGUCCCGCUCCUGUGAGAUUGAAUCUCUGCGUACCUUCAUCGAAUCCCAACAUAAACAGCUGGAGGAUCUGGAUGACACGCAGACCAAAGAGGUGUCAAAGUACCAGACGAGGAUAAGUAAGUUGGAGCGGGAUAUCACCGACGCCAAGCAGGAGAUGGUGUGCUACCUGAGAGAUUACCAGGACCUUCUCAAUGUGAAGAUGGCCCUUGACAUUGAAAUAGCUGCAUACAGGAAACUUCUUGAGGGGGAGGAGAUUCGUCUGACUUACCCUUCCCUUUCCGCCCUAAACUAAAUGCCACCAGCCUGGCAUCCACUUGAAUACUUCACCCCUUUUUUUUGUGUUCUCCCCUCUACC